AUGGAGCAACAAGACAUUACCAACAUCUCCCUAAUCGACAACACCGUUCCCCCAGAACUCCAACAACAGGAUCCCGACCUCUUUCGUCGAACGUCCACAACUCUCUCUAGGAGUUCUUCUACCCGACGAUGGUCCAGGCCUUCGGUCAGGGGUGAGCUCCAGAAACGGAAAUAUGCAAAGUGGCAGCCGCAUAAGUUGGGGAUUACGGAUGAUGCUCCUGGGGGUAAUGGGAAUAAUGGCAACGGAAAUGGGAGUGGAAAUGGAAGUGGGCAGGAUUCGCGAAGGAUGUCUCUGGUGGAUGCGCGACGGUGGUCUACGACAGAUGGGCUGAGUACAGGGGAGAGCGGGCCAUCGUCGCCGUCGAUGAAUGCGAGUGUCGAUGCGACGGAUUUUGGGAGUGAUGGGAUCGACAAUAUCAUCACCAACGGGACGAACGCCAACGGCAAUGCCAACAGACAACAACCCAAUGGCCCAGACAGCACCAAACCCACCAGCGAACUAGAUAUUCUCUACGAAAACCAACGCGGCUGGUUCCUCUUCGGCAUCCCCCUCUACUCCCACAGCUCACUCCUCAACUUCGACCCAAGCGCUUGGGUCACGCGUAACCUAAAAGACAGCCCCGUCAACAUCACGAAUGCGCAACUCCCCGAUCCAAGCUGGGAAUGGGCCUGGCAGACCUGGUACGUCGAUAUGUCGAGCGAUGUCGACGAGCAGGGGUGGCAGUACUCGUUUUCAUUCUCCUCGUCUGCAUGGCACGGCUCACAUCCCUGGUUUCACUCGUUUGUCCGUCGACGACGAUGGGUGAGGUUACGGGUGAAGCGCGCUUCGAUGGAGAGGUAUCGUGGUCGGACGGGGUUUGAGGAAGCGCAUAUGCUUACGGCGGAUUACUUUACUAUUCACUCUGGGAGGAGGAAGAGGGUUUCUAGUGUUGCGGAUAUGUCGCGUGUGCCGUCGACGUAUACCUCGGGGCAGGGACCGAUGGACGAGGUGCCGCCGUUGGAGGAGAUUGGGAAUAUACCAACUUUGAUGUAUGCGUUGAAGAGCGCCAUUGUGGAUCGGGAGAAGAUUGAUGCAUUGAAGCGGUUCAUCGAUGACGGUGGUGAUGAAAUCUACUAUCUAGAUGAAAAGAUCCCCGAAAUAAUGUCCGUCUUCGUCUUCCAAACCUCCCGCUGGCAAUUCCUCACCCACCUCCUAACAACCAUAACCGAUCUCUCACAACUCAUCCCCCAAAAAACCGGCAAACAAGCCAUCGAACUCCAACGCAAACAAGAAAACCUCGCCAAAGCCGCCGAAGCCAUCCGCAACAACAUCACCGGUCCCGAGCUCGUCGCGGACCACCAUCAUAUGCUCGAUUUAACCCCGAUAUCGAAGUCAAAGGAGGGCAGUCUGCUGUCGAAGAGGAGUAGUAUUAAGGUGAAGGAUUUGGAGAACGUGAGGCCCGUGGGUAAUGGGGGUGUUAUUAAGGGGAUUCCGAAGGAGGCGGAGGUUGGGAGGGAGGGGCAUAUUUAUCAGUAUACGUCUUAG